AAAAUAUGCUUAAUCUAGGGUAAACCGAGACAAAGUCUAGGGUAAGGCAAAAAAAUUACCUGGUAACACUGAGCAUUGAUCGGUUGAUUUAAAACAACAUGGCGAUGUGACGAUCAUUUGAUUGGUGUUGUGUAAUUUUUGUGUAUAUCACUCACAAUAACUCCGUGUUUCUCCCAUGUUAAUGAGUUUUUCAAUAUUUACUUUUCAGCUAUAUUUUGGCUUUAAUUAGUAGAAAGUUACUUAUACAAUUUAUGCUUGUAACAUAAAAUAUAUGUGAUUGUCUAAAUGUUUAUAUGAUGCGUCGUCGUGGUACGGAACUGGUGCAGGUACCGAUGCCUCCCAAGAAAAAGAACAAGGUCUUGGAAGAACCAUCCAGUCUAGACGUUAGCUUUUGUGACGACGAAGCCUUGCCACCCGGAAUUGUCUUUUCAGACAUACAACAGAUGAAAUGGCGCCUUGGAAAACCUAUUGGAAGAGGCAGCUUUGGGCGUAUUUAUCUUGCUUCAGAUGAAGUUGACAAAGAAGUUACAAAGUUGAAUGCAAGAUAUGUCGUGAAAAUAGAACCACACACAAAUGGCCCUCUGUUUGUUGAAAUUCAUUGUUUGAUACGCUCUGCACAAGCAUCUAAAGUAAAACUCUGGCGGCAACAAAUGAAACAAAAACGUCUGGGUAUGCCAAUCUACAUUGCCAGUGGGUCCUUUACUGAUGACACAUCUGGAAUUAAAUACAGAUUCCUAGUCCUACCACGCUUUGAUAUUGAUUUGCAGAAAAUCAUUGCUAGAACUAAAGUUUUGGAUUUAAAAAAUGUUUUAGUAUUAGCUAUUCAAAUACUUGAUGUUUUGGAAUACUUACAUAAUCAGGGAUACACCCAUUCAGAUAUUAAAAGCUCAAACCUUAUGCUUGGAUUUGACGGAAUGAAACUUAACAAUGGACUCACUAUGAAACAAACACAUUCAUUCCAAAAAGAAACUAAAGAAGUGACGGUAUUAGCUGGAAAACAAAGAAGGGUUAAAAGUAGUAAAGCUAGAGUGUCAUAUUAUGAUGAUGAAGAUUACAUAGUGAAAGAUUAUAAAAGCACUUGCUCUCCAAAUUCUACUGAAAAUGAAAAAAGACUAGCCAGUGUAAAAAAGAGAUUGAGGAAAAUCCUUUCAGACAGAGACAGUAGGACUUUACACAGGCAUCAUGCUUUCAAUUUGAGACAACUGUCAAAUUAUGUAAACUAUGAAGAUUUCAAUAGCUCAGUAUGUUCUGAUCAAUCAUAUCAAAAACUCAUUGAUGACUUUGGUAAUAAUCUCAUUAGAUCAUCAGAAGAAUUUUGUGAGGAAUCAAAUAAUAAUAAAUGUUUAGAUACAAAUUUAAACUCGAACGAAUUGUACACAGAAGCUAUAUUAUCACAAUCCAAUGGUCAAAUUUAUUUACUAGAUUAUGGGUUAGCUUCAAAAUUUCUGGAUGCUAAUGGUAUACAUAAAGAAUUUGGCAUGGAUGCACGUAAAGCUCAUGAUGGUACAUUGGAGUACAGCUCCAGAGAUUCACACAUUGGAGCACACUCCCGAAGAUCUGACUUAGAAACUCUGGGGUAUAACCUUCUUGAUUGGCUAACUGGUGUGUUACCAUGGAAAACAGCAGUUUUAUCUGAACCUGAUUUAGUUCAUGCAUUAAAGAAAAACUUUAUGAGUGAUAUAAAACUGUUGUUGAAAACCUGUUUCAAAACUGAAUUUUAUCCUGCAUUUAUGGAAAAAUAUUUGCAGUAUGUCACUAGCCUUGAUUUCACUGAAAAACCAGAUUAUGAUUACUGUAGAAGUCUCUUUAAAAGUGAAUUGCUGAAAAACGGUUAUGAUAAAGAUAUAUCACUGAACUUUGCUGAGAUCUCCAUGCCAUCAAUGACUCGUAAUAAGGUAUUAUAUCCCAAAAGGUUUAUAAAGAAAAAUACAUCACGAGACUUCAUAGCCAGAAAUGGAGUCAAAAAGAGUUAUGAAAGAGAAAAUAUGUACUCCCUUGAAAAUGACUUAAAAUUAGAGUUACUGAGACAAACUUUAAAUUCAUCUAGUGAAGGAAUACGUAAACCAUGUACGUCAAGGAACUUCUUUAUAUCCGAUGCAGAUCUUAUUGCAAGACUCAAAAAGUCUCUAAUGCCACAUGAAAUAUUUGGAAAAAAACUGUCACCCAAAAAUUUAAGAUCCAAAAAGAGGACAAUACAAAAGCGCAGGGGGCUUAAAAAGCACAGAAACAGCAUUGGCAAGUUUGGAAAUUUCAUGGGUUCUGCGAGGCAGUUUACUUGGGCAGAAAUUUUAGCUGGUAACCCAGAACACAUUAUAAGAAAAGAGCGUAAUGCCACAGUAAGUGAAGAUGAUGAAUCAACAUGUAAAUACAGAAUCCGUAAACUAUCAAAUGCUUCCUCGGACCACAACAUAGAUAAUUACCAGUCACCAUUGAUGCAGAAAGAUUAUCUACAAGAACUUAACCCAACAUAUGCUAUGAAGGAAGUAAUGGCAUCUUUUAAAAAAAAGGCAUCUGGUAAGAGUACCAAAGAGCCAGAAGAAAACUUUCAAGGUUUAGAAGGAUAUACACCUGCGAUGAUCAAAGUUUACAAAAUGAAACAAAAAAGAGAGGCGAAAGAAAAGCUAGAAACAGCAAAACGAAGUUGUGUUAAAAAAGAAGUUGAUUCACCAAAAAGAUAUACAAGAUCCAGUAAAAAGGUUAUCAAUAAUACUGCCCCAAAAACUAGGACCACAAGAAAAACAUUAUCUAGUGAGAGUAGCAUUGAGAAAUCUGAUACAGAAUUAGAAUCAAGAAAUAAUCAAAAGCCCAAACGCAAGAAUGUUAAAAGUACUGAAAAGAAAACUGUUCAAAUCAUUGAAGAAAUCAAAUCACCAGUAAAACCAAGAACAAAAACAAGAUCUUCUUUUGUAGUCCCCAAUAACAGAAGGAGACUGAGAAGCAGUCGUCGCAAACCUAAGUAACAUAACUCUAAUUCUGACUUAUAAUUCUUGACAAACUUUAUUUUAAGACUAGACGUGUUGUGUAUGCCACCUCUGAUACUUAUAAUGGGUAAUAAAAUACUUUUUUAAAUAAUUUUUUAUAGUUUGCUAGCAUAUGACACUCCAUAACUAUAAAAAUUGCCUGUCUUUCACCUCCAUGAUAGAAAGAGGACAGUGUUUCAAAUAAUACAUGGUUUUUAUUUAGUAGUUAAGAAGCUCACUCGAAGCAUUACUCAGUUGGUCAAACAUCUAUUGAUAUUAUUAUAGUUACAUACCUAAAAAAACACAUGUGUGAUUAUAUAAAAUUAUAAUAUUCUAUUCCUAGACAAUUCAAUUCAGUCACUGGGUGAAUUUCUUAAAUGUAGAACUAUUUUGUUUUUCAACAUAAAUUGCUUGAAAUCUGCAUCUUGUUAAACAGUCGUACCAUGAAGAGAUCUGGCCUCGGCACUAUUGAGUAACAACCUGUCCUCAUUUUGACCAUUCUGUUGGAAGAAGUCUUACAUAGAAAUCUGAUUCUUGAGUGCUGGCUUAAGGGGCUUGAUCCCCCUGAUUUAAAAUAAUAUUGAAAUGCCAUUCAAAAUAUUGACAUUGAAUGAUCAUAAUUGAAUUAAUGCUACAAUGAAACUGUGAUUCAAAUAUUUGUGAAUGUAUUUACAAAAUUGCAUUGAUUAAUAAGUGUUUCUGUAAUCAUCACAAGUUCUUUAUUAUGUGUGGCCUUGGUUUUAGGCCAUAUGCGAUUGAAAGGAUUUAUCUACAUUUUGCAUUUAGAUGAUUGCUGAUAGUGUCUCCUUUAUGUCUGUUUCCGUAUAUGUUUUGCUGUGUAUUUCGAGUAGCUGAAUAAAAAUCGACUUUGUU